AUGUUGGCUUUUAAUAACACUGCCUCUGGUCGGCCCACCUUCUCUUUCAUUGGUAUUCCUGGUCUGGAGGCUGCACAUAUGUGGAUCUCCAUCCCCUUCUGUCUCCUGUACUUUGUAUCCCUUGCGGGUAAUUCACUUCUGCUCAUCCUGGUUAGAGCAGAACAGAAUCUUCAUGAACCUCAGUUCUAUUUCUUGGCCAUGCUUGCCCUUACUGACCUCGGCCUUUCAUUAUCCACAAUGCCCAGCGUCUUGGCUAUCUUCUGGUUUGAUGUCCACCACAUCGGCCUGGAUGCCUGCCUAACUCAAAUGUUCUUCAUCCACACACUCUCUUCAGUGGAAUCAGGUGUCCUCGUGGCCAUGGCCUUUGAUCGCUUGAUAGCUGUCUGUGCUCCGCUACACUAUACCAGGAUCCUGACCCACUACACUGUUGCUUGCCUUAGUGGAGCUGCUCUCCUACGAGCUACCACUUUGCUGGCCCCUUUGCCUUUUUUCCUCAGGACUUUUCCCUUCUGUGGGGCCAAUAUCCUCUCACACUCCUACUGCUACCACCCAGAUAUGCUGAACUUGGCCUGUGGGGAUAUCACUUUCAGCAGUGCCUAUGGAUGGGUUUUUGUACUCUGCACAUUUGUAGUGGAUGUUAUCUUCAUCCUAGCUUCAUAUAUGAAGAUCUUGGGCACUAUUAUGAGGAUGGGGACUCAAGACAGAAACUGGAGAACACUGCAUACCUGUGCCUGUCACUUAUGCACAGUGCUUGUCUUUUACGUGCCCCUCAUCAGCUUGGCUGUGCUGCAUCAUUACACCCAGGACAUCUCCCCAGUUGUAUACACCACAAUGAGUAAUGCUUACCUCCUCAUGACACCACUGCUCAACCCUCUUGUCUACAGUCUCAAAUCCCGGCAGAUCUAG